CCCCCUGUCUUCAUUCAGCCUGGAGGAACCCUGAAGGAAAGUUUGGAAACAGUUGAGUCCACAGCUGGCUGCAGGAGGAGCGCGCUGCGGGGAGAUUUUACUAUACGUGUCAAGAUGGAAGAAAUACUGGCGCCUUUAAGGGAGGCUGUGAGGGAACAGGGUGACUUGGUGCAUCAGCUGAAGGAAAAAGGCGCCUCAGAACAGGAGCUGAGCAAAGCUGUCGCAGAGCUGAAAGCCAGGAAGAAGAUUCUUGAAGCAAAGGAGUUAGCUCUGCAGCCCAAAGAUGACACAGUGGACAGAGUGAAGAUGGAGGACACCUUAAAGAGGAGAUUCUUCUACGAUCAGGCCUUUGCCAUAUAUGGAGGUGUGAGCGGCCUGUACGACUUCGGCCCCGUGGGCUGUGCCCUGAAGAACAACAUCCUGCAGGUGUGGAGGCAGCACUUCAUCCAGGAGGAGCAGAUCCUGGAGAUCGACUGCACCAUGCUGACCCCUGAGCCUGUCCUCAAGACGUCCGGACAUGUGGAUAAAUUUGCUGACUACAUGGUGAAAGAUGCCAAGACAGGAGAAUGCUACCGCGCUGAUCACCUCCUUAAAGCUCACUUAAAAAAACUGAUGUCUGAUGAGAAAUGUUCAGCAGAGAAGGUGACCGAGAUGGAGGACGUAAUCACUCAGAUGGACAACUACACUCAGCAGGAGCUGGCCGACCUCUUUGUGAAGUACAACGUCAAGUCUCCCUCCACAGGAAAUGACCUCACACCUCCCGUCUCCUUCAAUCUGAUGUUUCAGACGUCCAUCGGACCAGGGGGGAACAUGCCCGGCUACCUGAGGCCUGAAACAGCUCAGGGAAUGUUCCUCAACUUCAAACGCUUACUGGAGUUCAACCAGGGGAAACUGCCCUUUGGUGCCGCUCAGAUCGGAAACUCCUUCAGGAACGAGAUCUCACCUCGCUCUGGACUCAUUCGUGUCAGAGAGUUCACCAUGGCGGAGAUUGAGCACUUUGUGGACCCAAAUGAGAAGAUUCACCCUAAAUUCUCCAGUGUGGCCGACCUGGAGAUCCUGUUGUUCUCCUCCAAGGCUCAGACGAGUGGCCAGUCUGCACAGAUCAUGAGGCUGGGCGACGCUGUGGAGCAGGGAGUGAUCAACAACUCAGUGUUGGGUUACUUCAUCGGAAGAAUCUAUCUCUAUCUAAUCAAAGCAGGAUUGUCCAAAGAUAAAGUGCGCUUCCGUCAGCACAUGGAGAACGAGAUGGCUCACUACGCCUGCGACUGCUGGGACGCCGAGUCCAAAACCUCCUAUGGCUGGAUUGAGAUCGUGGGGUGUGCUGACCGCUCCUGCUAUGACCUGUCGUGUCACUCCAGAGCCACCAAGGUUCCUCUAGUGGCUGAGAAGCCCCUGAAAGAACCCAAAGUAGUAAAUGUCGUCCAGUUCGAGCCCAAUAAGGGCGCCAUAGGAACAGCCUACAAGAAAGAUGCCAAGUCUGUUCUGGAGUACCUGGCUGCCUGUGACGAAUGCUACAUCACUGAUCAGGAGAAGAUUCUCAAUGAGAAAGGGGAGUUCAACGUUGAGACAAACAACAAGACAUUCAAACUGACUAAAGACAUGGUCAGUGUGAAGAGGUUCCAGAAAACUCUGCACGUGGAGGAGAUUGUUCCCAAUGUAAUCGAGCCGUCCUUUGGCAUCGGCAGAAUCAUGUACUCCAUCUUCGAGCACUCGUUCCGAAUCCGGCAGGGGGAUGAACAGAGGACGUAUUUCAGCUUCCCUGCCACUGUGGCUCCAUACAAAUGCUCCAUCCUUCCUCUGAGCCAAAACCAGGAGUUUAUGCCAUUUGUCCAGCAGUUAUCUGAGGCGAUGACUAAAAACGGUGUGUCCCACAAAGUGGACGACUCAUCAGGAUCCAUCGGCAGGCGUUACGCCCGGUCCGAUGAGAUCGGAGUGGCGUUGGGAAUCACCAUCGACUUCGACACGGUGAACAAGACGCCUCACACAGCCACGCUGAGAGACCGCGACUCAAUGAGGCAGAUCAGGGCCGAGGUCUCCGAGUUGCCAGGGAUUGUUCGAGAUCUGGCUAACGGCACCUUGACGUGGGCUGAGGUGGAGACAAAGUACCCCAUCUUUGAAGGACAAGAGACCAGCAAGAAGGAGUAGCUGAACUAGGACUCGUCUAGCUACUGUACGCACAGGGACCACAUUGUGAAUAAAGAUUCGACAUUUCCCCAAGUCAUUCUAUGAUACAGGAAGCUUAUUAGCCUUAUGAAUUGUAUAUGUAUACAUACAGGAAAAAGCUAUUUCUCUUGGAUCCAUAGCACUGAUACUGUGAAAGCAAUAAACAGAGAUACAGCCAGCUACAGACUUGAGUUUAAUACGUUUUUUUUUAACUUUUAUAAUAAACAUUUACUGCAUCG